AAAUUUACAGAGGUCCAUGAUCCACACUCUAAUAAAGAUGUGAAUGAUAUGUAGCUCUAGAGAUUUUCCAUGGAACCCAAGCCAAAUCCAUGUCCAUUAACAAUAUCAAAACCGUCAUUUCUAUUAAAAGUUCAUCGCCAUGGCUUCUUUGAACGCCCUCUGCAAUCGAAUCCUGAAAAGCCCAAGUUCAGUGAUGGAGUUUCACGCCCAUUUGAUCAGAAAAGGGCUCGAAAAGAGCCUCUUUCUUUCCCAAAAACUCAUAACCAUGUAUUCUGAUACUUGUAACAUAACGUCAGCACAGCUUGUAUUUGACCAGAGAUUCGAGAAGAAUGUGUUAUUGUAUAAUUCAAUCAUAAGAGGCAACGCCAUUAAUGGCCUCUUCGAAGCUUCUCUCAGACUAUACCAUGAAAUGCUCUACUUGGGCCUAAAACCAGAUAAGUUUACUUACCCAUUUCUUAUUAAGGCCUGUACUCAGCUUGGGGAAUUGGAAUUGGGUAAAAGGAUUCAUGUCGAGAUAGUUGAAGCUAAAUUAGAUAGAGAUGGAUUAAUAUUAUGCUAUCUUGUUGAAAUGUAUGCUAAAUUUGGAUUCGUAGCAGCUGCACACCAGCUGUUUGAUAGAAUUAGUUAUAGAAACCUCUCAAUUUGGACCGCCAUUGUUACCUGCUAUAUUCGUGCUGGUGAUUUAAGCAAAUCAUGGAGUUUGUUUCAGGAUAUGAGGUUAGAAGGAGCUAGGCCUGGUGUAGUUAUACUUGCCUCUGUUAUAUCAACCUGUAACUCCAAAGAGUUUCUCCAACAAGGUUUGGGCUUUCAUGGCUAUGCCAUUAUCAGUGGUAUGAGCUCUGACUCCUUAGUUUCAAACUCUAUUUUGGCUAUGUAUAUAAACUGUGAAAGCUUAGAACUUGCUUGCCUUUACUUUAGUGGCAUGUGUCAACAAGGGAUAAAUUCAUGGGCUGACAUUAUUCUGUCAUUUUCACGGAAGGGAUUGGAGGAGCGAGCCAUUAAGAUAUUAGCCAGACUAAAUCCUAAUUCUGGUGUUCUUGUGAAGUUAAUUUUUGAAGAUUCUAACUUGGGGAAACUUGGUUUGGACAGUAGAGUUAUUCAUGGAUUUGUGACCAAGAGUGGACUGGGAUCUGACUGUUUUGUGAACAAUUCACUAUUAACUAUGUAUUCUAGGAGGGGAGACAUGGGUAAUGCAUGGAAAAUGUUCAAAGAGAUGACUUUGAAAGACUUGGUUUCCUGGAAUUCCAUGGUUUCAGGUUAUGUAAAUAACAAUCUCUAUGAGGGUGCGUUAAAUGUUUUUAACAAGAUGAUAAUUGAGGGCGUGGAGCCAAACCAUGUAACUCUUUCUGCCAUUAUACAAGCAUGUGUAGAAAUUGGGUCUUUUGAAAAAGGGAAGCAAAUCCAUGGAUACAUACUUAGAAGAGAAAUCAAAUCUGACAUGAUCCUUAUCAAUUCCCUCUUAUUGAUUUACUGCAGCGUUGAAGAAAUUGGCAUCUCUAGAAGUUUGUUUGAUCAGCUUCUAGAAAGAGAUGAAGUCACUUGGAAUGUUAUGAUUGAUGGGUAUGUCCAGAAGGGGGAAGUGAGAGAAGCUUUUCGAUUAUUUCGUGAAAUGCAAAUGGAAUGCUUCUCUCCUAACUCCUUCACCAUGGCCAGCCUUCUCUUUGGGUGCUCAUACUCAUCAGCUAUGGAGCAUGGUCGUGCUCUCCAUGCUCAUGUUGUUAAAACUAUCUCAAGAAUGGACUCUGUUCUUGGAACUUCUCUCAUAGAUAUGUAUGCAAAAUGUGGAUGCAUUGUCAGUGCGUGCUCUGUUUUUAUAUCUCUGACUGUUAAACACUUACCUUCUUGGAAUGCUCUUAUAGUGGGUUAUGGUGUUCAUGGGAAGGGCAGAGAAGCUCUCUCUCUUUUCUCUCAACUCGAACUAGAAGGCCUAAGACCAAACCACAUUACAGUUUCUUGUGUUUUGCUUGCUUGUAGUCACUCGGGUCUAGUAAGGGAAAGUUGGCAAUGUUUUUCUCGAAUGAUCCGAGCCUACCAAAUUAAACCCACUUCAGAGAACUGUGCUUGUAUGGUCGAUGUUCUUUGUCGAGCUGGUGAACUAGAAGAAGCUGAGAGACUUUUAAGGAAGAUUCCCAAUGAGGCUAGUUCAGGUGCUUGGGGUUCUCUAUUGGGUUCGAGUGUUUCUCAUGGAGUUGUUGAAGUUGCAGAGAGAGCAGCUGAUAAGCUAAAAGUUUUAGAGCCUGAGAAUUAUGGGCAUUAUGUGUUGAUGUCAAAUGUGUAUAGGGCUAAGGAGAGAUGGGGAGAGGCUGGAGAGAUAAGAGAAAGGAUGAGGAGAAAAGGAGCAAAGAAGAGGCCUGGAUUGAGUUGGAUUGAGGUUAAUGGGAAGUUUAAUGUAUUUUCUGCAGGGGAGGUGUCAAAUUCCUAGUUUUAGCAAUUAUAUUGACACACAUACAUGGAGAGAGUGAGAGAUUUCUCUCAAACAGGGAUGACUAACAAUAAUUAUGGGGCUUGAGCUGCCUGGAGGAUUACAUAUUACUCCCUCUGUGUUGUGCCUGUAAGAUUACAUAUUGCCCUCUCUGCGUUGCAUUAAAAAUCAAGUUCUUGAUACCUCAAAAACAGGGGUGACUAACAAGAGGUAUAGGGCCUGCGCUGCCUGGAAGAUGUCAUAUUGUUCCUUCUGCAUUGCGUAAAAAUCGAGUUCUUGAUGUCUCAAAAACAGGUGUGAGUAACAAGAGGUAUGGGGCUUGAGCUAACUGGAAGGUUACAUAUUCUCUGCAUGGCUUAAUAAUACAAGACAUCACUCCUCAACAUUAUCUUGUUGAAGAUGUUCACAGGCAAGAAGCCAACUGAUGAGAUGUUUACAAAUGGAAUAAACCUUGGUGAAUUUGUGAAUAGAGCAUAUCCUCAUCAAGUGAUGGAAAUUAUUGAUGCAAGUUUGUUACAAGUUGUUGGCACAAACAUGGGAUCAGAGAGGCUAAAUGAAAUGCAUCCAUGUGUAGCGGAGAUUAUGGGUAUUGGGCUUUCUUGUUCAUUACAAUCACCAAAGCAGAGGAUGGACAUGAGAGAGGUCCUAAAAAAUUUGCAAGACAUAAAAAAUGAGGUAUUAAAGUUUGAUGCAUAAAGAGAAAAAGAAUUGUUAUUAUCCAGCCCUCUUUGUAAACAUUUACCGCUCUCUCUCUCUCUCUCAAGCCCUCUUUGUAAAUAUGUUCCUGUCUCUCUCAUGCCAUCUUUGUAAAUAUGUUCUCUCUCUCUCUCUCUCUCUCUCUCUCUCUCUCUCG